AUGACAUCUUACACAGAAUAUAGUAAAAUCGCUCCUGAGUUUGAGCAGAUGCUUAAACUUAUACCGAGAGACGACUCUGCAAACUAUAGUCUCGAAGAUUACCGUCGAGUCCUAGAUAACUUGGCUACAUUCCCAAACACCCUCUAUUCUGGUCCCAAGGACUGUGAGACCAAUGAUACUGAAAUCCCAAUCCGCGAUGGAACUCUGAUCCCGGUGAGAAUUUAUACACCAAAUGAAGCUGCGAGGGCUGCAGCUGGGAAUCAACUACCCUCUAUCUUAUUUCACUUCCACGGUGGCGGUUGGGUCGGUGGAAACCUCGAAUUCGGCCACCCCCAUUGUCUCUGGUACGCUAGCCAUAACGUUACCGUCAUCAACGUUGGCUAUAGAUUCUGUCCCGAAAAUCCAUAUAACACUCCUCAGGACGAUAGCUAUGGAGUGUACCGCGCCGUUCUUCACGCAGCUGAUAACAAACUGCAGGAUCAACUCAAGAGCUGGGGCAUUCCAGAAUUUGACACUGAGAAGGUCUAUCUGUAUGGUACUUCAGCGGGGGCGCAGAUUGCAAGCGCUUGCGCAAUUAUCGAUAUCGAGAAUAAGCGGACCGGCGUAAUCAAGGGACUCUUCUUGCAUGGACUUCCGGCCGUUGAUGUACAUCUUUUCCCAACAGAAAAGAUUUCGAGCGAUCAAGGAACCAGCAUUGUACAGAAUAAAGAUGCGCCGUUCGUAACUGCUGUCGAUGUAGAUCGAUAUAUCGCAUGGAGGAAUUCACCACCUGAGGCGGAUAAGUAUUUCAGUCCGUUGGUUGCACUAGACGAUGAAUCCCUUAAGCAGUUUCCUAAGGUUUAUCAUGAAGCUUAUGGUAUGGAUGUUUUAAGAGAUGGGCAAUUGUUGUUUGCAGAGAGAAUGAAAGAGCUGGGGGUUGAUACCCGAGUUCAGAUUCAUAGUGGGUAUGGUCAUUGUUUAUUUUCAACUGCAUGGAUGUUAGAGGGGGCGAAGGUAGCCUUGAACCAAUUAGAAGAGGCAAGUCGGUGGAUGGGGGUAUUUAACUAA